AUGUCCCCUCAGUUGCAGUCCAUUGCCACCUUUCGAGACUGCAUUGGAUCACAAAUCCGCAAGGGCGAGACAUCUUGCGCACUACUACGAUCACCGUCACCAGCUUGGAAACUUGUGACACCAUUUACCCAGCCACUCACAGCUUCAUCUGAGACCCCCACGCUGAAAUCAUAUCUGGCUAUGUACCAGUACAUCAAAGGUACUUUGAGCCUCUCGAGGAGGCAGCUGAGCGUAGCAGAUCCGAUGCGACGCACCAUGCGGAACAGUAUCGACGGGAAGCGUCCGAUCAACCCUAUUGGUGAUUGCAAACCACUGCGUGGGCAAACCAACCAGCACCAUUAUUCCAACGACAGGGACCAAACGUGCCGUGGCGGCACUGGCCGGCUGAUCAAUCACGGCUCGUAUACCAUGUGCGGGGUACGGAGAACGGAGCCGGCGUGA